CGGCCAGGCUUUGCUACAACAGCGACGAGCUGAGAACGAUAUCAUUUCCUGUUGCGACGUUAAAGAGUGGGUGGCCAUCGCUAUCAUGCCUAAGUUUUAUUGUGAUUACUGCGAUACAUAUCUUACCCAUGAUUCCCCUUCAGUACGCAAAACACAUUGCAGCGGAAGAAAGCACAAGGAAAAUGUUAAAGACUACUAUCAAAAAUGGAUGGAAGAACAGGCACAGAGUCUCAUUGACAAAACCACUGCUGCUUUUCAGCAGGGUAAGAUACCUCCAACGCCUUUCGCAGCUCCACCAGCUGGUGGUGCCAUGAUGCCCCCCCCACCUACCUUGGGUGGCCCUCCACGUCCUGGAAUGAUGCCUGCUCCUCCCAUGGCAGGCCCUCCUAUGAUGCCAAUGAUGGGACCACCACCUCCUGGAAUGAUGCCGGUGGGGCACGGUCCAGGGAUGAGACCACCUAUAGGCGCCCACAUGUCUAUGAUGCCUGGACCUCCUAUGAUGCGACCGCCUUCUCGCCCCAUGAUGCUCCAGUCACGGCCUGGUAUGGCACGUCCUGAUCGAUAGAAGUUCAUCCUGACACUUUUGCAUUCGACUUGACCCUGGAUAUUUUGUACUAAUUGUAAUGUAAACAUGGUCACAAGGACAUCUUGCCAAUGGAUUUAUGGAACAGUCAAAUCGUAGCCGUGAAAGUUUUUCAGCCCAUUUUUAAUUAAUUCAACCCCUGAGGCAAAAAAGUGUUGCUGUACAUUUGGUUAUCGGUCUUUGAUAAUACAUCACCAUUCCUUUAACUGCAAUUUCUGCUUCAUUCUUCUGUGGGUGUUUAACGAACAUGGGGCUUUAGGAGACCUAUGUAUGACAUUU